UUUAUUAAAUCAACAUCAGUUUGGCUAUAUGCCUCUUUUAUGCAUGCAGCUAUUUUUUUUACAUUACAGGUACUCUUAGAAGCAGAUACAUUAAUAACAGGGGUUUAAAGUAAAGCAACCAACCAACAUGGCAAUUGCUGUGGCACAGUCGCACCACUUGUUUGGUCUCAGACCUCACAUUAGUGGAAACAUUGGAUACUUGGAAGAACAAACCAUAGUUUUCCCAUCUGGGAACCAAGUGGUUCGUUUCAAUAUUGACCAGAAGCAACAAAGGUUUAUUCCUGGUUCAGAUAAGUCACAAGGAAUGACAGCAAUCGCAUUGAGUCCCAAUAGAAGAUACGUUGCUGUGGCUGAAAAAGGUGACAAGCCAACGGUUACCAUCUAUGACAUGCUACAUGACCAGUCUAAAAAACGAAAGACACUCAGUGCACCAGAUCUUCAAACGAAUGAGUUUGUUAGUUUAGCUUUCUCGCCCGACUCUAAAUAUCUGAUCGCACAAGGAAGUCGUCCUGAAUGGAUGUUGGUAUAUUGGGCUUGGGAGAAGUCGAAGAUUAUGGCAACUAUGAAGACAACUAACCAGUCAGGCCAACCAGUGUACCAGGUUAGUUUCAAUCCCCAAGACAAUACCCAGAUCUGCGUCAUUGGGAAUCACAUCUUUAAACUUUUUCGAUACGCUGAAGGAAAUCUGAAACAAUUCGGGUUCCAGAAAAUGGAUUUGCAAAACUAUCUUUCUCAUGCAUGGGUUUCGGAUGAGCGCGUAGUGGUUGGCACGGAUACGGGGCGAUUGUUGUUGUUUGAAAACGGGGAGCUUAAGUCAGAGUUCCACGCAGCUCUACCUGCUGGUUCUAUUGCUGAUACCAACAGUGUGAGAGCAAGUGUGAGCAUGAUCCCGGAGGACACGAUGAGCUCUUCAGGUAGUGGCCUUGGUGCGUGUCAGAUCACAUCAGUGGUCGCACAUUCGAAGGGGUUCGCAUGCGCUGGUGGGGCAGGGACGGUUCAUCUGUUCGAGAAAACUGAUGAAAAAGAUUUCUAUAGAAAGACAAGGAUUGUGAAGAUUCCCCCUGACCCCCACAGUACCGACCCCACCCAAGCAGAAAACCAAUCCAUUCUCUCAUUAACUGUGAGUCCAAGUGAAGAAACAUUGGUGGCGGCAACCGACCACAGUCAACUAUACUGUAUUGCACUUUCAUCUGCUGAUAUUGGAGAGCAAGCGUCGUUUGAGCAACUCACUCAUUCAUUCCACAGUCGAGGCAUCACUGGUUUAGAUGUUUGUAUCAGGAAACCUCUCAUUGCUACUUGCUCUGUGGAUCAAUCUGUGAGGAUAUGGAACUAUGAGACAAACACCUUGGAGUUGUACAAAGUGUUCCAAGAAGAAGCUUACAGCAUCGCUCUUCAUCCGUCUGGACUUUACAUCUUGGUUGGCUUCAGCGACAAGCUUCGUUUGAUGAAUAUCCUUAUUGAUGAUAUUCGCAUCUUUAAAGAGCUCACCAUUAGGGGGUGUAAAGAGUGUUCCUUCAGUAAUGGUGGCCACUUAUUUGCUGCUGUACACGGCAACGUGAUACAAAUAUAUUCUUCAACUACAUUUGAGAACGUCUCCAACUUGAAAGGACAUAAUGGAAAGGUGCGAGCCAUAGCAUGGAGCGCUGAUGAUAGUAAGCUCAUCUCCUCUGGUAUGGAUGGUGCUGUUUAUGAAUGGUCAGCAGCUGCAGCUAAACGAGUGAAUGAAGUCGUUCUAAAAUCUUGCGCUUAUUCUGGUGUUACAGUGUCACCUAGUGGCAAACAUACCUACGCUGUUGGCUCCGAUAAAUCAAUCAAAGAAAUCACCGAAUCUCAGAUUCUUCGAACCGUGGAUUCUGGUGGUGCAACUUUGACCCAGAUUGUGAUGUCACACAGCGGUCGUAUGUUGUUCUGUGGCACCUCAGGUGGUGCGUUACGCUCGAUUAAAUUCCCGCUCACCGAUUCAGGGGAGUGGGCUGAACAUCAAGCGCACGCAUCGCAGAUCACUAAGAUGAAAAUCACAUACGAUGAUCAAUUCCUCAUCACUGUAUCGGAGGAUGCUUGUCUCAUGAUCUGGAGAGUCUCGGAUAAAGAAGGACGAGGAGUCAAACACGAUCGGGAAGUCCCGUACGCUGAGGAGAUUCUAAUCACUAAGUCAGACCUGGAAGAAAAGAACCAAAGCAUGUCUGAGCUAAAAACAAGAGUAGAAGAACUAAAGAUGGAAAAUGAAUAUCAACUCAGGCUUAAAGAUAUGAAUUAUAAUGAGAAGAUAAAAGAACUGACCGAAAAAUUUAUUCAGGAAAUGGAAAGUUUAAAAACAAAGAACCAAGUUUUGAAAACAGAGAAAGAAAAAGAGGUUGCAAAACAUGAAGAGGAAUUGGCUGAGGUUGUGGACAAGCAUUCCAAGGACAUGCAGGACCUAGAAUCCACCAACAACCAGAAGUUGAUGUUGGAAUAUGAGAAGUACCAGGAGCUCCAAGCAAAGUCCCAGCGGAUGCAGGAAGAUUAUGAGAGGCAACUUCAGGAUGCUGAUGAAGGGAAGGAGCAAUCCUUGGAGGAGCUCACUGAGUAUUAUGAAACUAAACUACAAGAGAGAGGGUCACA